GGUACGAAGCUCGUUAACAAAUCAAAACCUACCUCCACCAGUAUUUGUGCCUCCACCAAAUGCAUUGCCGGAUCCAAAGCCGGAGCUCUGCUGAGUGUUCUGUCCGAAUCCUCCUCCGAACAUCUUGCAGGUUGAGUGAUUGCGACUUAUGAGUUCAUCCGUUCCGAAACGUUUUCCAACUGAAAGGCCGAAUGCUCGUCCACGUCAACGUUUUGAUGCGAGCUAUGUCCCGAAAAAGGCGGUAUUACGUGCGAGAUGGGUUCGAUCACGGCGCGGUGCGAAGGGUGCGAAGCGACGAGCUCGAAGGUUGUGGAUUGAGAAGCCGAGAUCUCGACGCGCCCAAGAGGAGAGGUGUUUUGUGGGUGGGAAGGACAGCAGGGUAAAAAUGUCUCGCCAGCUAGAGACGGGGCGUCACCGUCAAGAGCGGAGAUGCAGUUCAGCGUCCUUGAACUGGAGAGGCGACGAUGAGAAGAAGCCAGAGAGCUGGUCGAAAGAGGAGGAGGGCGCGCGACGGAGAGGAAGUUCGAAGGGACGGAAGGGAAAGAGGUUGCUGCAAAAGGGACGAGGCGGCGACGGUCAGGCGGUGACUUGCUCGCUUACGUUUCCGGUACAGACUGAUCCGCGGGCAAUUCGGGGAUUUUCAGGCAGAAUCAUCCGGUAACUUUGGCUGUAAAUACACCCCGGUACCAGCUGCUCACGUGAAAUCUCGCGGCCUGAAACCACCCGCGA